AUGGAAAAGGAAAAAGAUGAAAAGAAACUGUCUUGGUCUGAACUCAAGGGGGUCGUCAGCGAUCUCAGAAGACAAUUAUCUAGUCUGUCCACUAUGGUACCCACAUCGAUAACAUUUAGGACUCUCCCCGAUGGCCGAACGAGGAUAUAUUUUUUAAGUACCCCGCAAAACGGCUGGGAGACCACUUUGCUCUUCGCCGACGUACCUAACACCAAUCAACCAACGAGUUUAAGGCUGCCGUGGCAAUGUGUUAUAGAAAGCAAUUUUCCUAGUAUAUCAUCUUCGAAUAAGUUUUCCAGAGAAGAACAAUUGCUGUGGGAGAGAAAAAGAAUGACCACGUGGGGUAUUAAUUCGUACGAAAUUCACAGUGAAUCCGGGAAAAUAGUCUUUCCGGCCGCUAGUAGCUUAUUUCAGUGUUUAGAUAGUGGGUUUUCGAAUGGCCAAUUAUUUCCAACAAAACUUCGCAUGACAUCCUCAGGGGCGAAAAUAAACUCGCAAAUAUGUCCUGCGAAUCCCGAUUUAGUGGCUUACAUUUGCAAUCACGACAUUUGGGUGACGCACACGCUUUCCGGAUCGAAUGUGAGGCUCACGUUCGCCCAUAAAGGCGGUAGAAACUUAGCGGAUGAUCCAUUAUAUGCAGGCGUACCAUCUUACGUUAUGCAAGAAGAAUUUUCAAGAUAUCAGGGAUAUUGGUGGCAACCUAAUAGUAUUGGAGGUGUGUAUAGGAUUCUUUACGAGGAAGUUGAUGAGGGUGAUGUGAGAGUGUUCUGCUUUCCAUCGUCACAGUCGGAUUCUGGCGAAGUUGAAGAAUUCAGAUUUCCUAGAGCGGGCUGUGCCAAUUCUAAGUCAUAUUUGAAGAUGAUUGAAUUUAAAGUAAACGAACAUCUUCAAAUUGUCGAUGUUUGUAUGUUAGAAUUGCAAUUUUCUCUAUCCCUGCUGUUUCCUUGGAUGGAAUAUGUCGUUCGAGCUGGAUGGACGCCUAACUCAGAAUACAUUUGGGUUCAGUUAUUAGAUAGGCGACAGCAAAGAUUAGAAUUAGUUUUAUUAUCUCUUAGCAAUUUUACUGAAGUUCUUCCAUUAUACGAUGAUUCGACGAUAAUUCAUCACAACAGCCCAAUAGUUCAAGUAAUUUAUUCCCAAGAAUCCAAUAUUUGGGUUAACGUAAACGAUUUGCUACAUUUCUUGACGUCAUCAGACAAUAAUGAGGUACAAUUCAUUUGGGCCUCAGAAGAGAGCGGCUUCCGCCAUCUGUACUUGAUCUCAGCACAAAUCAUGCCUUACACGAACGGCAUAUCGGAAUCAACCGAAACGAUGGAUUACGUUUUUUUGCAACCGAAAAUCGCUUCUAAAGUAGCCCUGACCCAAGGCGAUUGGGAAGUAUUGGGCCAAAAUUUGUGGGUAGAUAACGAACGGCAAUUGGUUUAUUUCAUGGGUUUAAAAGAGACCCCGUUAGAGAAACACCUGUACGUGGUGUCUUUGAGGCGACCGGGCGAAGUCAGAUUAUUAACGCGACCCGGUUUUUCGUAUUUCGUCGAUUUCAACAAAGACUGUUCGAUGAUCGUCACAGUGUAUAGUAACAUCCAGAAACCACCUGCUUGUCAAGUAUUCCGAAUAACACACACCGAUUGGACUGUGGAAGGUGUCACGUUGACUCCAUUGGGAUAUUUGAUGGAAUCCAUGCCGCUCGUCAACGAUAGCUACUCGCCUGAAUUGUACACACACGAGAUAAGUUCAGGCCAUGUGCUCUAUGCAAUGGUUUUUAAACCGCACAAUUUCGAAUGCGGAAAGAAAUACCCCACCGUUUUAAACGUGUACGGUGGUCCUGAAGUUCAAUUGGUGUCCAAUACAUUCAAAGGUAUGAGACAAUUACGGAUGCACAUGUUAGCUGCUAGAGGCUACUGCGUAGUGGCAAUCGAUUCGAGGGGAUCUCAACAUAGGGGUUUACAAUUCGAAAGUUACAUAAAGAAACGUAUGGGUACAGUGGAAUUGCAAGAUCAAAUCGAAGUUUUGAAGUGGCUUUCGGACACCGUUCACUACAUCGACUUAAAUAGAGUGGCUAUACACGGAUGGUCUUAUGGAGGUUAUCUCAGCCUUAUGGGUCUGAUAAAUCAUCCGGAUGUAUUUAAAAUCGCCAUAGCUGGAGCGCCUGUAACGAAUUGGAGUUUGUACGAUACCGGCUACACGGAGAGGUACAUGGAUUUGCCCGAUCACAAUUUAGAGGGUUAUUACGAAGGGAACGUGUUGAAUUACAUUAACAAAUUUCCCGAAGAAGAGAACCGGUUACUCAUUAUCCAUGGAUUGAUAGACGAAAAUGUUCAUUUCUAUCAUACAAGCCAACUUAUAAAUAGCUUAGUAAAGGCCGGUAAACCGUACCAAUUGCAAAUUUAUCCGAACGAAAGGCAUUCAUUGCGUCACUUGGACGCCAGUAAACAUUACGAAACAACUUUAUUGUCUUUCCUGCAGAACCAUUUGUAA